UGUGUCCCGGUCCGCGCUUCCGGGUUCGCCAUCUCCUUUUGUGCACACGGCCCCGCAGCGCCAACGUGUUUCUGUUUAUGUUGUUUCUCCGUCUGCAGAUCUCACUCGGGCCGCGGGACAAGUGCUCGCGUUCGUUUCGUUAUGACGUGAUAUUGUCGGAUUAACGUCCGGGCCCUUCCUGCGGGCCGGCUAGCAGCGGAGCGAGCCGGGCUAACGCACCGGGGCGGCGAGGACCCGGCGCGAGUUGUUCCCGGGCCUCACGCGCCGGGAGGUUAGCAGCGCCGCGCUGGUGGCUCCGUUAAGCUAGCUAGCUGGUUAGUUAGCUAGUGAGCUAGCUAGCGCGUUGAGCCGGACUCGGUUGCCUAAGUUACCCCCCCGGGAGGAGCCUAUCUGCCCCCACAGGACGGGACUCUCUCCGGGAACCUUCCAUUAGUCAUUUAGGAGCCGCGCUUCCGCCAGACCAGAACCGGGCGGGUUCUACGUGUAGCGAGUAAUGCUGCCGUUACGGUGACGUCAUCGAAACAACGUAACCGGCGACUCUUUGAUCACGUGUCAAACGACCUUCAAUACGCCGUUAAAUGUGCUUUAUAGUAAGUGCACAUUGUGGCUCUAAUCUGCCUCCAGCUGUCAGGUCGGGACCAUGUUGACGUUGCUGCUGCUCGUCGCCGUCGCUCUGUCCGGCGGAGGCGGGACUUCCAGCUCGGACGCCGGGCUGCUGGAGACGGACCCUGCGGUGCGUUCGCUGUCCUCGGUGAUGGACUCCCAGCUGGCCGAGCAGAGCCAGAGGAAACACCUGGAGGCUCUGUUCAACAGAUACGGAGAAAACGGAACCAUCUCUCUGGCCGGUCUGAAGCGUCUCCUACAGAACGUGGGCUUGGAUCGCAUCCGGACCGUUACGGUGCAACAUCACGAGCAACCGGGCCGCCGCCAUCAUCACCAUCACCACCACCACCACCACGACAACGACUCGCACCCCCAGAAACAUGCUGAACCUUCACCACGGGGGAAGCUCGCAAAGACCUCAGAGGUCCUCAAAGACCAGGACAGUCGGCACAACCGGCACCCUGAGAGGGCCGCGCAGGAGGGCGGAGCCACGGCGCCGUACGGCGCCCAGCUGAUGGCGAGAUUGGACGUAGCCGAGGAGAGACGAGAGGGCAGCGCAGUCAGCGGGGGGCGGCGCGUGAACCAGAGCGUGGGCGGUGUGGAGUGUCAGAACGCCUCGGGCAUCCUCUGGUCACACGGGAUGUCCCGGGAGGGGGGGGUGACGCUCGCCGACUUCAGCUUCCUGUGCCCCGCCCUCCUCCGACAGAUCGACGGCGGGGCGUGCGUCGUGCACCGCGCCGCCGACCCCCCCAGAGACCACGGUCACCACGGUAACCACUCGGACCACGGCGAGCACUCCGGUGGAGGCGGAGUCAAAAACAUCACCAUAGCGUGGGUCGGCGGGUUCCUGUCCAUCACGGUCAUCAGCCUGCUGUCGCUCGCCGGCGUGGUCCUCAUCCCGCUCAUAAACAGGGUCUUCUUCAAGUUCCUCCUCAGCUUCCUGGUGGCGCUGGCGGUCGGGACGCUGAGCGGAGACGCCUUCCUUCAUCUCAUCCCCCACUCCCUGGGGGGCCACCAUCACCAUCAUGGGGGCUCUGGGAUGGAGGCGGGCGGAGGUCACCUCCACGAGGAGCCGGAGGAGAACCUGGACGCCAUGUGGAAAGGGCUGACGGCGCUGAGCGGCGUCUACGUCAUGUUUCUCAUCGAGCACUUCCUGACGCUGGGGAAGAUGUACAAGGACAAGAAGCAGAAGGUCAGAGGUCAUUUCGACACCGAGGAACCAGGUUUAGGAGCCACGUCAGGAUGUGUGAAGUUUGUCUCCAAACAGAUCCAGAAGGACAAAGCGGAUCCGGAGAAGCAGCUCGCUCUGGAGGAGAGCGACCUGAAGCCAAGUGAAGACGUGGAGACCAACGGCGCCGGCAUAUUUGGCGAGCGCCCCGGCGGCGGCGGCGUGUCGGAGGAGGAGCAGUCCAUGUUGGCGCCGCAGGUGUCCGUCGUCUCGCCGCAGGGUUACGUUGGCGCGGAGGGGGGCGCCGCCUACACCGCCGAGGACUGCGAGAACAAAUGCCACUCCCACUUCCACGACACGGUGGGCCCGGCCGACAGCAUGCACCACCACCACCACGACUACCACCACAUCCUGCACCACCACCACUCCCAGAACCACCACCCGCACAGCCACUCCCACUCCUACUCCGAGGAGCACUUCCAGCAGGCCGGCGUGGCCCCGCUGGCCUGGAUCGUCAUCAUGGGGGAGGGGCUGCACAACUUCAGCGACGGCCUGGCGAUCGGAGCUGCCUUCACCGAGGGUCUGUCCAGCGGCCUCAGCACCUCUGUGGCUGUUUUCUGCCACGAGCUUCCUCACGAGUUGGGUGACUUUGCGGUGCUGCUGAAGGCCGGCAUGACGGUGCGACAGGCCAUCCUCUACAACGUGCUGUCGGCCAUGACGGCCUACCUGGGCGUGGUGAUCGGCAUCCUGAUCGGACACUACGCAGAGAACGUCUGCAUGUGGAUAUUCGCCCUCACGGCCGGGCUCUUCAUGUACGUGGCUCUGGUGGACAUGGUGCCCGAGAUGCUGCACAACGACGCCGGCGACCACGGCUUCAGCCACUGCGGCUUCUUCCUGCUGCAGAACGCCGGCAUCCUGCUGGGCUUCUGCAUCAUGCUGCUGAUCGCCAUCUUUGAGCACAAGAUCCAGCUGAACCUGGGCUACUGAAGGAGACCCCCCCCCCCCCGCGGUCUGAAGCUCCAUCGGGUCAAACAGACAUGUGACGUAUGACGUUACCGCGGCGACGCGUUAAAGUACUUUAGUAAAAAACCUCCGACAAUGUUACUCCAAAGGCUCAUUUCUUCGUUGCCUGUCAGUGGUUCGUAUUUCCCACAGAUUAAUUCAGACCUGAAAGCAGCACAAAAGCUUUUGUUUUCAAUCAUUUGAUUAUUUUUAUUUUUUUCGACAUUCCAUCUGCUGAUUUUGUGAUAAUUCUCUUGAUUGGGGUCGAAGGGGCUCGGUGUUCAAUGGAAAGCCGUCCGGCCACCGUCAUAUUUAAAAAGUACCGACUUGAAUUGUUAGUUAUAAGGAAUAGACUUAAAAUGCUAAUAAGAGGGCUUGAGGUCAUUAUCGAGUCGCCUCCUGUCGAGGCGUGACAGGAGGCGGAGACUAAGAGCAGAGCGAUGUCAUUAUAAACCUGCAAUGUCUGACAUCCCCUGAACGCAUCGUUUGGAGAGCAGCGUGUGAAGAAAGGUGCUUUUGGAACGCGAUGAGGAACCGGAAGCAGAUCUUCCUCCUCGUUAAAGCCUCAGCGAGAGGAACCCGCCGUCUCCAUUCGAAACGUGCCGGAGGGCAUUUUGCUUGCGUCUCCUUUCCCGUUAGCAUCCCGUUAGCUACAGAGCACCGCUAACGCCGCUGAGGAUCGUUUUCCAUCAGUAACUUAAAGUCUUCCUGUCUGAUCACAGCGUUUAAAAAUAAAAUCCGCUUCACCACUUUGAGGGCGACCUUUGACCUCUGACAUUUGUAGCCAACUGGAGGAGGAAAAGAAGCCAAAGGCUGGAAAUGAGAACAAAUGAUGGCGCCUAAAGGGACCCGUGGGUUUUAGUCUUUAUAUAUUUCUGUUCUGUUUCUCUUCUCAUUCAUCGGAUGUUCAAGUUUCCUUCUGAUGCUGUUUUGUUUUAUGCCUUAAAAAGAAUCUACAAAAAGAAGUAAAAGUCGAGACGCAAACCUCACUGUAUAAAAGUGUACAAUACUAUGUGUAUAAUAAUGUACAAUAGUGUGUAUAAUAAUGUACAAUAGUGUAAGUGGUGAGUCUGUUACUACAAACCCCCCAACAGGACGAAGUUGUUCUUUGAUGUUUUGUCUCAAACUAAAUGUUAAAUGUGUUACGAAGGGACCUUCAACCACGAAGACGUCCCACAAUGCAACAGGAACCAUUCAGUGUUUUUAUUGAAAAGGGAACACGGACUAAACGUGUUUUAUGAUUUAGAAACAUAAGGAUAUAAAUGUGAAUAUGGUUUAAUAAUCAUUCAUUUUGUGUCAAAUUCACUUCAAGAACAAACGUAAAAGUUAAACCGCGAUAAAAAAAUCACAUUUUCCAUGUUUUUGUUUUAUUAUCACUUUUUUAACAAAACGCUUAAAACUCUGAAACAUUUUAUUUUCAGAGCACCAAAAAUCCUCAAAGAUGGAAGGUUUGAUUCCUCAUUAAUGAAUCGUGUUCACCUCUUAUUACGGGAUGGCUCCUGAGAUGUGACUUUGGUUUUAUGCUCACGUUGAAAAGAAGAAAGUGAUGUUACAGUUUUUGUUUUUUCACGGAUUAAAGAAGCUGAAAUCAGAA